GUUGAAUUACUAUUGUAAGGAUUUAGGUUAAAACAAUUUAAUCAGUUUGAAACAUGUUUACUCUGUGGAAUCUUAUCGAAGCAUCGUUGCUGUGUUUGAAUGCGGUGUGUAUUUUGCAUGAGCAGCGAUUUUUGGCAAAAUUUGGAUGGGGUGCUGCUUCCGCUCAGGUCCAUGGCUUCGGAGAACCACAAUCUAUGAAGGAUCAGGUUUUAAAUUUGGUACGAUCCAUUCGAACGGUAGCAAAAGUACCGCUGAUAUUGUUCAAUAUCCUAGCGAUAAUGUUCAAGUUAGUGUUAGGAUAAUAUAACAAUUUUUUUUCUUACAAACGAAUGAAAAUAACUCUAUCAUUUUGGUAUGAAUUGAAGUUGUAAAAUCAAUGUAAAUU